GAUGGUGUGGUGACGUUUCCUCUUCCAGCGAGCCGGAUACAUCUGCUCGGCUUGGCUCAGCUCAGCUGUUGGUGUGGGGAAAAAGCUAACUGUCAGUGAGCAACCCGACUGCCGAGCAGACCGAGCCGUGCGGACCGUGAAUGAAGCACCGCGCCUCCGUGCGUCUCCCGUGGCCGCGAUGGCAGCGACACACACGGAGGAUGCUGAGGCUGUUCGGUGCGCUGGUGAUCCUCGGACUGGCCCUGGCGUGCAUCACUUCCUGGGUGCUGGACAGCUACAACACGGCUUGGCAUCCGAAGCGGAGCGUUCAUCAGCCGACUGCCGGCGAUGGAGCUGAAUCGACGGGUAGUUCUCCACCAUUUCCCGGCGGCGAGUUGGACAAUAUAUUCUGGUUUAUACAGGUGUCUGACAUUCACAUUAGUCGGUUUCACGACCCCAGACGCAUUCCAGAUUUUGAAAAAUUCUGCACUGACACUAUCGAAGUGAUCAAGCCAGCUCUGGUGCUUGUAACAGGGGAUCUGACAGAUGCUAAAACCGAGAACAAGGUGGGUUCCCUCCAGCACGAGGUGGAGUGGCAGGCAUACCACAACAUCCUGAAGAAGUCACGAGUGAUGGAGCGCACUCGCUGGAUAGACAUCCGCGGAAAUCAUGACGCCUUCAACAUAAUGUCACUGGACAGCGUCAACAAUUACUACCGGAAAUACUCAGCUAAUCAGAAAGUAGGCUCUUUCCACUAUGUUCACAAAACUCCCUUUGGCAACUACUCCUUUGUUUGCAUGGAUGCCACUCUGACUCCUGGACCCAAGCGACCAUACAAUUUCUUUGGCAUUCUCAACCGGACUCAGAUGGACUUGCUGGACACGUUCAGAGUUGAGAGUCUGGAAAGCAACCAGUCGAUCUGGUUCGGGCACUACACCACCUCCACCGUCGUCUCCCCGUCUCCUGGAGUGCGAGACAUGAUGAGAUCUGCAGUUGCCUAUGUCUGUGGUCACCUGCACACACUGGGAGGCCUGAUGCCCGUCCUCCACAGCCGACACCCAAAAGGCACGCUGGAGCUGGAGCUGGGUGACUGGAUGGACAACCGCAGGUAUAGAGUUCUGGCCUUCGACCAUGACCUGCUGAGUUUCUCUGACCUGAGUUUUGAGAAGUGGCCUGCCGUGCUCAUCACCAACCCCAAGAACGCACAGUACUUGCACCCAGGAGUGGAGCCGCUGGCUCGGAUACGAAGAUCGACACACAUCAGGAUCUUGGCCUUCUCUGAGGCUCUAAUCACUGCAGUGCAUGUGAGCAUAGACGGGGAACCUCACCGGAAAGGCCACUCUGCUGGAGGUCCUCUCUAUGUUCUACUUUGGGAUCCAUCUCUCUACCUCACUGGACUGCACACAAUCAGAGUUAAAGUGGAGGACUCGGCAGGACGGUCAACAGUGCGGGAACACCACUUUACACUGGAGGACAGCCUGACGCCCAGCUUUGGUUUCGUGCAGUCCUUCAUCCUCCUCACGGACCACUACAUCCUGAGCCGAGUGGCCUUCGUAUUCAUGAUGCUGCUGAACGUGGGCGUGCUGCUGGCCUGUCGGUUCCUGCGCGUUCCUUCUGGCAGAGGAUUGACGUCUCAAGCGUGCGUGUCGCUUCAUCUCGUCAGUAAAAUGGACGCUUUCUUCUACUCCCUGCUGUUCUUCAACCUGUGUACAGCCGUAGGUCCAUGGUUCAUUGGAGAAUUGAUAGAUGGCCACAGUGGUGCCUGCUUUGCCUUUGGGGUUUUCAUCGAUGGACACUUCCUGGAGGGCAGUCUCACUUAUGUUGUCGGAGUGGUUCAACUGCUCUUCUUCAACAUGCCGCUCACCGCUUACCUCUGCUGGAGCCUCCAUCAGCGUUGGCGCGGCAUGACCUUCCGAUCCCACUUCCUGCGGCCGGGCUGCCGCUGGCGUUCUCUGGGGCUUCACAUCUUCAUGCUGCUGCUGCUCACCUGGCAGGCACACUCGUGCUACUUUCUCCUGCAGACCUACGGCCACAUGGCCUUUUUCCUGUCUCCUGUCCGCACGUGGGCGCUGGUGCUCAGCCUGCUAUUGAUCUACCGAGCCUGGACAAGCCCCGCCCCUCUCAUUCAUGACAAUGGAAAGCGCGUCUCUCCCUCUUGACAGUAAUUGCACUGUGCAACCACAAUAUCCAUUGAUCCCGACUCUCAGUUAUAUUUUGCCAUCUCUUUCCUUUCACCCUCUGCCUCAAUAUGCCCCAUCCUUUCUUUCUCUCCCUCCACAGACACUUCACAGUAAACCACUCACUAUCCCGUUUCUAGAUAGUUAAGUUUACGUAAUAUGCAUGUUACUGUAAAGCACCGGUGAGCACACCACUUGCCGUAUUCAUCGCAAUGUGUAAGACACAAGCAUUGGAUAUUUCUAAGGGUUAAAUAGUGUAUUGAAGCUACAUGAGGACGAAUCCAACGUCUGCUGCAGUUGACAGUGUUCUGUAUAAGAGCUGUACUCUGCUGGGGUUUAAGCUGACUCAUUGACUUGAGCUUUAGCACUUUUUUGGAAGUGUUGCCUUGGCCCGAGUUCCACUUCACCACUGCCAAAGGAUGAAUAAGAAAGAUUUCACCUGUUGUUUCUUCCCCGUGAAAACCGUUCUCAUUCACUAAUGAAGGCUGAACGUGCCAAACCAGAGAUGAUGAUACCUAGACUGUAGGUUUUUCUUACUUUCCCACAGCUGACGGAAAGUGGUUGUGGAGACAGACUGUAGAUAAUGCAGCCUAGAUGUACAGGAAAUCCAAUGGGAGAAAUGAUUCAUGAUUUAUUACGUACCGUAGUCGAUCUGCGUACAAGAAGUUCAUUAUUCAAACUGUUUUUAAAUUUAAGAAAAAAGAUCCCACUGCACACAACUGCCACCAUAAAUGUAUUAUAAUCACAUUUUAGACUUAGUCAUAACAAAAACCUUCAAUGCCGCUUCACUAUGACACAGAAGCUGACUUGACCCCUCAUGCUCCUUCAAACGUGACUACAGAACGCAGCUGUUUGUUUCUCAGGAAUGUGAGCACUUGAACAAUAGGCUGGCCCCGGUAGUAUUUCAGGACAAUAUUUUUUAUAUUUCAUAAUAGCUCCGUGAAUUUAAAAAGUAAAAAAAAAAAAAAAACAGACAAAAAAACAA